AUGAGCCAUCAUAUAUUUGACGACGAGGAACAUACAGUAAAAUAUCGUCUUCAUAGAUCUGGUUAUCCAAAAAAAGUAUUUGAACAUAUUAUUGAUUAUUAUUUUAAUGGAAAAAUUACAGAUGAAAAAAUUCCACUGACACUCGAUGUUGGAUGUGGAAAUGGUCAAGCAACAGUAGAUCUUAGCCCAUUUUGUGAACGAGUUAUUGGUCUGGAUGAUAGUGCAUAUCAACUUGCUUAUGCUAUAAAGAAAGACAAUAUUGAAUAUCGAUGUCAGACAGCUGAAGAUUUAUCUUUUCUUCAAUCAAAUUCUGUUGAUUUAAUCACAACUGCAACAACUUUACAUUGGCUUGAUAUAGAAGUAUUUCUUAAAGAAGUUAAACGUGUACUUAAACCACAAACAGGUGUACUUGCUGUAUGGACAUAUGCAUUGGGAACAUUAGAUAAUCCUAUAGCUGAUGCUAUUUAUCAUGAAUUUCAUCAUGUUUUGUUGUUUCCAUAUUGGGAUGCAAAACGUUGGUUAGCUGAUGAUUAUUAUCAAUCACUUGUACCACUUUUGCCGUAUCAAUCAACAUUACGUCAAUAUACAAUUGAAAAUCGAACAGAAACAACACUUGGACAAUUUUUUGGUUUUAUUGAAUCAUUAUCAGCUUGUCAAACAUAUAGGAAACAAAAUGGUGAACAAGCAUAUCAUGAUAUGUUAGCAAAAUUACGUCAGAAAUUAAUUCAAAGUUAUACUAAAACAAAAUUUCAAAAUAAUCAUGAUGAAACAAUAGAUUUUGAUUCAAUUAAAAUGACUGUCUCAAAUCCAAUACGACUUUAUUUAAUGAGAAAAAAUCAGAUGUAA